GCACUCAUUAUUUCAUAUUAAAUUAACGAUUAAGAACUCUUUGGUUGUUGGCACGCAGCGAUCGGUUCUGAUUUAUCAAUUUAUAAAUCUUAAUAUUUUGCCAGUCAUUACGAACACAAUGUGCCUUUCUCGAUUUCCAACCCGGUCGACAAAGCUGGUUUACAUUGCUAACCAUGCACUGUCCGUGGACGUUUGUGUCUCUGCAGCUAUUGCUGCUAGUGGCGAUUUGUAAUGUGUAUAGUGCUCAAGUGUACCAGCAAUAUGAUAGGAAUUUUAACUAUAAAUAUUCUAAUAAAUUAUUUAGGGGAAAUUUUUUAGCAAUGUCUGAUAAAGUAGAAAAACGAAUUGAAAAUAUUGAAAAAUCCAUUGGUGAUUCCCGGUUGUAUCGAGGACUAGUCUUAAAAAAUGGUUUAACUGCAUUAUUGAUUAGUGAUCCUGACACAGAUAAAUCAGCAGCAUCGUUAUCUGUAGCCGUUGGAAGUUUAAGUGAACCAAAGGACUUGCCCGGCUUAGCUCACUUUUGUGAGCAUAUGCUAUUUUUAGGUACAAAAAAAUAUCCUAUUGAAAAUGAAUUUACACAAUUUUUAGUACAAAACGGAGGAUCUUAUAAUGCUUAUACAGCCAAUGAUCACACCAAUUACUACUUUUCUACUAAGACUGAUGCUUUAGAACCAUCUUUAGACAGGUUUGCCCAAUUUUUUUUGGACCCUUUAUUUACUACAAGUGCAACUGAAAGAGAAAUUAAUGCUGUAAAUUCUGAACAUGAAAAAAAUGUAGCAGAUGACUUUUGGCGUUUAGCACAACUUGAAAAAAAUGCAGCAGAACCAUCACAUGCCUAUAAUCAAUUUGGAACAGGAACUAAAGAAACUUUAUGGGAUAAUCCAAAUUCAAGAAAUAUAAGUGUUCGUGAUGAGCUACUGAAGUUCCAUUCUAAAUGGUACUCUUCACAUUUAAUGUUCCUUUCAGUAUUAGGAAAAGAGAACCUUGAUACUUUGGAAGCCCUUGUGGGAAAUUUGUUUGGAGAUAUUCAAAAGAAAGAUAUAAACAUGCCUGUAUGGACAGAUCCUAUUUAUAAAGAUGAACAAUUAGGAACUAAGACUCUAGUAGUACCCGUGAAAGAUAUAAGAGCUUUAUCUGUUAAUUUUCUAAUUCCUGACCAAACCAAAUAUUAUAAGAGCAUGCCAAAUAGAUAUCUAAGUGCGUUAUUUGGACAUGAAGGACCAUACAGUAUACUAACAGUUUUAAAAAAGAAAGGAUGGUCCAGCAAAUUAUCAGCAGGGAACAAAUUUGAAGCUAGAGGAAUUGAACUUUUUGAUAUUGAUGUUGAUUUAACUGAAAAAGGAGUUGAUCAUGUAGAUGACAUUAUAAAAUUAAUAUUCCAGUAUGUAAAUAUGUUAAAACGAGAAGGACCUCAAGAAUGGUUUCACCAAGAAAAUAAAGAAAUAAGUGCUAUGCAAUUUCAAUUUAAAGACAAAGGUUCGCCAUUAGACUAUGUGUAUCGUUUAUCUUCUCACAUGAUUAAUUUUAACUUGGAAGAUGUUUUAACUGCAGAGUAUUUGAUUCGUGAAUGGAGACCUGAUUUAAUUAUAGAACUUUUAACAUACUUUAAACCAGAAAAUAUGAGGGUAACCGUUGUUUCCAAAGUAUUUAAAGAUCAAACCAGCUCUGUUGAUAAAUAUUAUGGAACCCCUUAUAGUAUAUGCAAAAUUCCUGUUGAUUCAAUUAAUAAUUGGAAAAAAAAUGAUUUUUUGGAAGAUUUCAAAAUGCCGUCAAAAAAUGAAUUUAUAGCUACAGAUUUUAGUUUGGUGUCACUUGACAAUAAAGAACCUGAAUAUCCACGUAUUAUUCACGAUUCAAUGAUAAUUAGAUCUUGGUUUAAAAAAGAUACAGAAUUUCGUUUUCCUAAAGCUUUUGUUUCAAUUGAUUUCUUCAGUCCAACAGUAAUGAGUGAUCCAUUCUAUUGUAAUGUCAUGAGUUUAUUUGUCAGACUCUUCAAUGAAGACUUUUCUGAAUACACAUGGGAUGCUACUAGAGCUAGUCUCCACUUAGUUAUUAAGCCUAGUAGUUAUGGUUUUAAGAUGCAAUUAAGUGGAUUCAAUCAUAAACUUGAUAUACUGUUAAAAAAAACUAUUGACAAGCUCCUAACAUUCAAAAUAAACCUACUUCGAUUUGACAUAAUUAAAGAAGAGAAAAUUAGAGAUUUAAAGAACAUAGCAAUGGAACAACCUUAUCAUAGUGCUAUGCGUUAUAAUUCUGUUAUAUUAUCAGAAGCCGCCUGGACUCCAAAUGAAUUAUUAGCAUCCCUAGAAGAUGUUAAAAUUGAAAAUAUUGAAGAGUUUGUUGAAAAAUUCUUGUCAAAUAUGUUUAUGGAAUCUCUGAUUUAUGGAAAUAUUGAUCAAAAUAGAGCUUUAGAAAUUGUACAAAUUUUAGAAAAACCAUUUGCAAACCGUAAUGGUUUUCGUAAAUUAUUACCUCGUCAAAUGGUGCGAUCAAGAGAAGUUCAACUUGAAAAUGGAGAAAGUGCUUUGUUCGAAACAACAAGUGACCACCAUAGCAGCUCAUGUGUGUACAUUCAUUUACAAUGUGGUAUCCAAUCUACAUUGAAUAAUAUGAUUGUUAGUUUAUUUAAUGAAAUAAUUAAAGAAUCUUGUUUUAAUACACUUCGUACACAGGAACAACUUGGGUAUAUUGUAUUUAGUUCAUCAAGUAGGAGUCAUGGAGUUUUAAAUUUACGUAUAAUUGUGCAAUCUGAUCGUACUCCAUUAUAUGUUGAUUCCAGAAUUGAAAAUUAUUUAAAUACUGUUCAGGAUUUAUUGGAAAAAAUGCCAAAUGAAGAAUUUGAAAAGUAUAAAGAUGCUUUGACAGUUAAGUUACUAGAGAAGCCAAAAGGUUUGAUGAAACAAGCAGGCGUUUAUCAAAUAGAAAUUGACACACAAGAUUAUAAUUUCAAUAGAUCAGAAAUUGAAGCUGAGGCUUUAAAAACUAUUAAAAAAGAUGAUAUUAUACAAUUUUACCAGGAUCAAAUAAAUCGGAUGGGUUCAAAAAGACGAAAAUUUGCUGUCCAUGUUAAGUCUACACUGAAAAAUAAUACUAUUCAACAAAAUAAUCAUACUGGUGAAGAUACUUCCUUGUUUGAUAACAAUACCUUAAUUAUCACAGACAUUACAGAAUUUAAGAAGAAACAUAGAUUAUACCCACUGUCAAGUCCAUUUAUACCUGUUGGAUUAUCUUCAGCAAAAUCUAAAUUGUGAUUAUUUUUCUUAUUUCAAUGAAAUAUUUAUAUUUUUUUAGUAAAUAUUACUGAAUCAAAAAUACUCUAAGAGUAAUUAAUAAAUUAAAUUAAAUAAAUUCACAUAAUUGUAUGACC